UUGCUUUCGCGGUCCUUGCGCGUCUUCCUCUCGCUUGUCGCCCUCCCCAUCCUGGCCUGCUUACCAGUAGGAGAGCGUGUCCUCCGAUAAGUCAUGCUAUACCUAGCUGGCUUAUCUGAUGUGGUGAUAUUUUGUUCUACGGCGCAGUCUAGUUGGUUGUGAUUUCGCACGUCAAUUCCCACAUUCACACCCCCUCAAACAGUGAGGCUGAGCGCCCAGCUCGGCGACGGUCCAUCAACAAACACCCACGCCGCUUUCGUCUGCGCUUGCAACAAAGAAAAUGGCGCCGCUCUCGUCAUCGAAAUAUCGUUCCUCCCCGGGGAGAUCGUCGAGAAACCAGACCAAGGUCACCUUGAAGACAUCGCGGAGCUCGGAUCCGACCACCUCGGAAGGCCCACCCCUCAAGAAACGGAAGUAUGUUCCCGGUGGCCCCGGUGGAGGAGGGAGGUAUAUCGAACUUGAGGUUAAGGAGCCCGCUCCGAGGCAAAAGCCUAGUCCAGCAGCUCGACGAAACUCCUCGAGCUCCCGGAGUCGCCCUGUUCCGGACCCAGAGCCUCCUCAGCCCGUUCAGCCCGUUCAGCCCGUUCAGCUCCCUCCUCCGCCGCCACCUCCUCCUGUACCCUCCACGCCGCCUUCUGCACGCCUUAGACGAGAGAAAAGCCAGAACCGUGGCCGAUUCGGUUCCUCAACGGCGGCUGCCCUUGCGCUUCAACAAGGAGAUGGGUACAAACCACGGGAGGAACGAGGAUGGGAGGAGUUCCAUCCGGACUUGGACAUCGACACCAAGUUUACGGUUUUCAGCGCAGAAGACGUGGAUGGGCCUCCACCGUCGGCGUCGAUAGCCCAGAUCCUGUCGCCUAACGGCCUGGAUAAUAGUAGUGAGAAAGACCCGAUUGCGGAACUCAUUCGAGCGCACACAAAUGGCACUUCGCCAUCGCCGAUGAAGCGUCGUCCUGGGCGUCCUCCGCGUCGCCCCGAAGCUAUCCUCCAUGCUCUGGGUAUCUCGCCGCAACCGAAAGCUGUUCCUCCUCCCGGUCCCAAUCCUCGCGAAAGAUUGACGCUGCCGAAGCCCACAUUCCGACUACGGGAUCCGUUUACCUUCUAUGAUCAGCCUGGGGUUGGCCAGCAGAAUUAUGUCGACCGUACCAUGGCGAGUGUAGGCUAUCAGGAGAGCGACCUGUUCCUGCGGCAUGACCGCCGCUUGGUUCGAAUGUCAGAAGGUACACAGGAAGAUGACCUGGAUCUGACCAACCCUGUUGGCUCAGAGGGAGAGGUCAAUGCGGCUGUUGGUCGGGUGGAAUAUGAUAUGGACGAACAGGAUGAGAAGUGGCUGGAAGACUAUAAUGCGAAACGGAGGGAAGAUGAAGUGGAGCCAAUCAAGCCGGCGGUCUUCGAAAUUACAAUGACCAAAAUCGAAAAGGAGUGGUAUGCCCUGGAGAAGCGCAUUCCCAAACCAAACCCAAAACCUCCUCAGACGCAGCGUCCUCGUUCAAGCUCCGCCGCCGCGGUCAAUGGGGAAACCGCGCCCGGAGAAGAGCAGGACAGCAAGUGUGCCAUUUGUGACGAUGGCGACUGUGAAAACUCGAAUGCCAUUGUGUUCUGCGAUGGAUGUGACCUAGCAGUGCACCAAGAGUGCUAUGGUGUGCCUUUCAUUCCCGAGGGGCAGUGGCUUUGCCGCAAGUGUCAGCUCAUAGGCAGAGGGUCAGUCAACUGUAUAUUCUGCCCGAACACUGAGGGCGCCUUCAAACAGACCACCACCUCUAAAUGGUCUCACCUUCUCUGUGCGAUUUGGAUCCCGGAGGUGUCGAUUGGCAAUCCGUCUCUGAUGGAGCCGAUUACUGACGUGGAGAAGGUGCCUCGAAGUCGCUGGAAACUUCACUGCUACAUUUGUCGCCAGAGAAUGGGCGCAUCCAUCCAGUGCAGCAACAAGAAUUGCUUUGUGGCAUUCCACGUAACAUGUGCGCGGCGGGCCCAGCUAUAUUUGAAAAUGAAGUCAGGCCACGGAACCCCGGCCGUGAUGGACUCACAUCUCCUCAAGGCCUUCUGUGAUAAGCAUGUACCACCCGAAUGGCGCAGAGAGCACGGUACUGACGCUGCUACGGCGGACGCGAUCGAGUAUUACCGUAACACCAUGCAGGGUCGCCGGUGGGGAGAUAGUCAGGCAGCAGCGUUGUCGCUGGAACCAGCCCACUCUCAUAUCGGUGAACAUGGAGAUGACGAGGGGUACCGGACACAUACCCCACGAAUAACACUUACUGUCGGUGGCAACAAGCGCAAGCGGAUGGCCGCGCCGAAGACGAUUUGGAAGCUGCCGUCUGGAGCUCCGGUGAUCCCCCAGGUCGUCUUGAACUCGGUUGUAGCCUCGCUUCAACGUUUUGGAGUGCGGCAGAGAAAGCAAUUCGCAGAAGAUGCCUGCAAAUACUGGACUCUCAAACGUGAAGCGAGACGUGGUGCUGCGCUCCUGAAACGGUUACAGUUGCAGCUGGAAACCUUCUCGUCGAUGGAGAUGACUAGGAGAGAUUAUGUCGCCAUGGGAGUAACUGGCAGCAAGCGACUUCAGCGGCGCAUCGAAUUCGGCCAGAGGCUCUGCUACGAUCUGGAUAGGCUGAGAAUGCUGUGUGAGGAAGUCAAAAAGAGGGAAAGGGAGAAGCUGAAGGACGUGGAAACUCUGCGGAGCGUCGUGGACAACGUCUACUUUCCCAUCUUCCCUUUGCUGUGGCCUAUAUUCGAAAAAGCUCAAGGGCUUGAUGGCAAAGGUAUUUUCAAGCAGGGAUUGUCGUCCAUUCGCGCAAAGCUGCAAGAGCGCUACUACUCAUCGGUGGCAGGGUUCUCUGCCGACCUUGCCAGGGAAUUCACCACCGAGAUUGGUGUUCAACCAGCUGGAGACACUGCAGAGCUGCAGAUGCAGAUCAGUGGCCGUGCUCCAGAACUCAGCCUCGAACAGCGUGAGAAGAGAAAAUUAGCUAAGCGCAUCAUCAAAGCUAUUCAACCAGCAUUGGAAGAUGCGAUCAGGAAGGAGAGUGAACUUAACCGCAAGCCUUUUGAGCAAGAGUUGAAAGAGCUUGAUCUCAUGCUGGAGAACAGUGUCAUGUCCCGAAGAGGGUCCGAGGCCGACCCUGUAGAGCGACCCGGAACUGACAAUGCAGACCAACCCCAAGGUCCGAGUCAGGCCGUGGAGCAGAAAAUCGAAGAGAUUACUGCUAAAGCGGAACUCGACGAAGGAACCGACAUUGCUGCAGUACCUGAAAAGGCCGAUGCAGGUGUUGAGCCGAAUGCAGAUAAUUUACAGACUGUUGAAGAGUCUACAGAUUCGCAUGUUCAGACAGCCCCCGACUCGGUGCCAACGCCUACUACUACGGUACAGGGAUCAGAGCCACAGAUGAAUGAGGAUGCCCCUACAACUUCACAAACUACCAUGGAAGGAAUCGAACCAGCUGUAAGUGAAUCGGUCGAAAAGACCGACAUAGACAGCUCGCAACCAGCCCAUCCACCGACAGACGCUCAAAAAGACCCCCUCACACCAUCUCAAAGCUUCACAGGUGACCAGCAAAAUCCCUUGUCGCUCGGUGGGAUUCAAUGGUAUAUGCAACCAUUUGACCCUGUGGGAACGACUAUUCAUGAGGAGCGCUGGACGGGACGGGAUGUUAUGCGGGGCAUGAGCGAGGAAUUGAGCGAACUAGACGAGGACGAGCUCAAGGAUUUGGUUGAGGAGGAUGAUCUGGAAGGGCAGGUGGUCAACGCGUCGCUGGAGACCUCGGACAGAAGUGCUCCUCCUCAGCAGCAUGUCAAGACACACCGAACGCGACGACGUUGGCGUGGGUUCAAGUAGUACAAGCAAGGUGCAGGGGAUUGUCUAAUGUGGAUAUUCUUGCUUUUCUCUUUUCUUCUUCUUCUUCUGCUUCUUCUUUUUUUUCUUCCCUCCAUUGUCACUAAUUCGCCUCUUCUUGUUUCCGUAUGUUUGCUUUUUGUCAACAGUUGUUCAGCCAUCUGAAGGGAUGGCGUUUUCAUGACCACGAGGAAUGGCAUUUUUGGGCCGUAGAUAGCCAGCAUCACUUGAUUAGUGGGCGUUGACUGUAUGGGG